CACUAAACGCUUAGCCAUCGCCUGAGCUUCCUUGUUCGGCCGCCCCAAGCCUCCCACCCGAUUGAGGCUCCUGACGACGGAAAAAACAGAGGAAAAGCCGAGGGAAACCGUAGGAGAAAUCAACGAAAACAAAGGAAAGAUGGAACAAAAUUAAAAGGCUAAGUUCCACCUUUCUGAACCGUCAUGUGGAUGCAUGAACACGGCCUUUCUCACGCGCUAUUCAACUCCAAGGGCCAAAUGCGUGUCAUGGUAGCUUGCACCGGCCACCACAGAAUGAGAGAGACCGACUCAAGGCUCAUGGUUUAACAUGUCCUCUUCCUUACUUUUUGGUGGUCUAAUUGUUUUCUGAAAGCUGAUAUUUGAACAUGGGUUCAAUGAGAGGGGGAUUUCUCAAGUGUAUCAAAGAAGUGACAAUGCACUCCAGGUUUCCAAUUGGCAUGUGUAGAGGGUCACAGUCAUGGCACUCCACCAUGUCCUUUGAUGAAUAUGAAGAGAAAAAUGAUAUAGAAGAUGAUGAUUUUAUUGAUGAAAAGAGAGGGUUGGAACCCCAAGGUGUAGACCCCAAGAAGGGCUGGGGUUUCAGAGGUGUGCAUAAGGCAAUCAUUUGUGGAAAAAUUGGGCAGACACCUGUGCAAAAAAUUUUGAGGAAUGGACGGACUAUAACCAUAUUUACUGUUGGAACAGGGGGUAUGUAUGAUCAAAGAAUUAUUGGAGCUGAACACUUGCCAAGACCUGCUCAAUGGCAUCGAAUCGUGGUUCAUAAUGAACAUCUUGGUGCAUAUGCUGUUCAACAGUUGGUGAAGAACUCUGCUGUUUUCAUUGAGGGGGAUAUUGAAACUAGAGUCUACAAUGACAGCAUCAAUGGUCAAGUUAAAAAUGUACCUGAGAUCUGCGUGCGCCGUGAUGGCAAGGUUCGCUUGGUAAAGUCUGGGGAUAGUGCUACCAACAUUUCCUUGGAUGAGCUUCGAGAAGGAUUAUUUUGAGAACUCAGUGGCACAGUACCUGCCUUGCCUUUGGGGGACUGACCUGAACAAUCCAGUGAAUUGCAUGCGGGUUUUUCAUGGAGCAUCAAAUUUUUAAUGUGUAUUUUGUUUUGUCUAUUGAUUUCUUCAUCAAAUAUGUGGCUGCCUUGGAACUAAUUGCUGUUUUCUCACACUCCUAUGGGCCUUGCAGCAGAAAUGACGACUAAACUGGGUUCUAGCAAUCCAAGGCAUAUAUGACUGCUUCCACAAAUUAAACUACAGUUAUAAUAAUGAGUUCUUUUAGGAGGAGACUGUAAGCCCAUUUGCUUUUAUUUUUAACAGCUGGCUUCCUUGAACGCCAAUUGGGAGUCUAGCUAUUGAAGCAUAUGGAUCGAAAUGACUUUGAUAACUCAAGACUAUGAUGCCAAGCAUCGUUGAAAGUGAUCCGUGGCAUUGGCCAAAACAAUUAGUGGAACUGCCUCAUGGCAUGCUAGUUCUUCUUUGACUGACAAAAUUAGGGAUUUGGAAGGUUCUUUUUAAGUUCUUGUAAGCCUUGCAUACAUUUAUUUAGCAGCUGUUUGAAUAUUGUUAUAACUUACCUGAUAAUUAUUUUCAUAUAUAUGGUUGCUGCUGAGGAUAGAUUAGCGGUUGGAA